UACGACUGGUCAAACAAAAUGGGCAAGGAUUUCCUUAUCCAUUGAUAAACAAUCAUCCUUACUUCGGCUUCAGUUUUCUCUUUCUUUCUCAAACACCAUGGCAUCGUGCAUGGCUUCUUCUUCUCCUUCAUCUCUGCUGCUUCCUCUUGGUUCUGGAUCUGGGAAGAAUCUGUUUGUCAAUAAUAUGGCCCUCUCAAAUAUCAGGGCAGGUCUAAUUGUUAGGUGCUCAAGUUGUAAAACAAGAAAACAAACCAUUGGACUUAAUCUAGUUACUCGAAGGGAUGCGAUGGGGUUGCUUCUUGGAGUUCCAAGCAUCUUGUUGAACUCGCGGAACGCUUAUGGUGCCGGAUUGCCACCGGAGGAAAAGCCAAAACUAUGCGACGAUGCCUGCGUAAAAGAGCUUGAAAAUGUACCUAUGGUAACUACGAAAACUGGUUUACAGUACAAGGAUAUUAAUGUUGGUGAAGGUCCUAGUCCUCCGGUUGGUUUUCAGGUGGCCUCUAAUUAUGUUGCGAUGGUUCCGUCUGGACAAAUAUUUGAUAGUUCACUAGAGAAAGGUCAGCCCUACAUAUUUCGAGUUGGCUCUGGUCAGGUGAUCAAGGGUCUUGAUGAAGGCAUUUUAAGCAUGAAAGUAGGAGGGAAGCGCAGACUUUAUAUUCCGGGACCGUUGGCAUUCCCGAAGGGUUUAACGUCGGCUCCGGGACGACCAAGAGUAGCUCCAAGUAGCCCGGUGGUUUUCGAUGUGAGUUUGGAAUACAUACCUGGACUUGAGGAUGAAGAACUCUGACUCUUUUUCCAUUCUUUUCCUCUAUUUCUUCCCAUUAUUCUUUCUUUUUUUU